AUGUCGCAGCCAUCUGUGGAGCCCCGAACUGAAAGUUCUUUGACACCGUGGGUGCGGAAUUGUGACGUGGUGUCGCGUAAGGGUGAGAUCGAGACCGCGAGAUGUGCACAACUAUUGCCUUUCAUCUGUAAGGUCAAUUCCAAGGCCAUCCCUUACAACAGCGAAUGUGACGUAUACAGCAAAGGUUACACUAAAGGUCAAAACGUCAGCAGUUGUUACAAGAUUCCUCGUAUUCCAUAUACUUGGAAUCAAGCUUAUGCCGAGUGCCAAGCGCAAGGUGCUCAUCUGGUGGUAUUAAACUCGCAGGCUGAGCAUGAUGCAGUUUAUCAGCUCAUGAAUAGUGAAGCGAAAGUUGCUGGUGCGAAGACUUGGUGGUUUUUCUUCGCUGGAUUCAGAGCCGAAGUACCAACCGACGGCUCUCCAAGGGUGUUCAAAACCAUAUUCAAUGAAACUCUGGAACAGGCCGGUUACAGCACGUGGGCAGACAACGAGCCCAAUAAUUCUUCAAAUGACGAAAAUUGCGGCACUCUAUUUAAAAACGAUGGUAAACUAAACGAUGUAACCUGUUCGCAUUUAUAUGCGUUUAUUUGCGAAAAGGAGAUAGUACCUAAGUGA